AUGCAGAGAUUCGGAGAUAUAAUCAUUUCGCCGAGUCCAUCAGAUUUCUUUUAUACAAUUUAUCAUCGUGCUCUUACGCUUGCAAAUAUUACCGAAACCGAUUUUAUUCUAAUUGGAGGCCAGAACGACAUAUUCGAAUAUGGCUUGAUUGACAGACCAAAACAACUUCAAGAAAGUGGGUACCAGCUUAUUUGCCCAGAACUUGGUGAUUGUGAGCAUUUCAGAAAGCCAAAGCACAUUGCUGCUACUUUCUUUGGUGGUAUCAAAGGAACGACUUUGCUUCCAUCGCAAUACAGAAAGAACAAGACAGUUGAACUUUACGAUUACCCAUGGGUUGUCGAAAAGGACAAUGAAGUUGUGAGCAUUGUCGUGUCUGAAACACAAAAGUCCAUUUUCCGCGAAGUGAGUCGCUGCUCGAAGAAGAUGCAUCAAAUUGAACUAGCAGAUGGCUUUGAAGAUGUGGCUUGA